AUGGCUCAGGCUGAGCAACUCGGCAUGAUGGACAGACUGAGCGCCUUCGUCUCGAACUUCACCCUCGGCUCCGAUGCCUCGCAGAAAGUGCAGGCACUCGGCAAGAAACGUGUGCUAGUCACUUACGGGGUCGACAUCGACGCAGUAGCUGGCUGGUUGGGUAGUUAUGGAGGUGAGGACUCGACGAGCGACAUAUCUCGUGGCAUGUUUGCUGGGACCAUUGGCACCCGAAGGCUCUUGAAACUGUUCGACAAGUACAAUAUCACAGCCACUUGGUUCAUCCCAGGCCACAGCCUGGAGACGUUCCCGGAGGAGUGCGCCAUGGUCCGCGAUGCAGGUCACGAAAUUGGCUUGCACGGCUACUCUCAUGAAAACCCUGUAGACAUGACUUUUGAGCAGCAACGAGAUGUUCUCGAUAAGACCUACAAAAUGAUCACAGAAUUCGCUGGAAAGCCGCCUCGUGGUAGUGUUGCGCCGUGGUGGGAGGUCUCUCAGGAGUCCACAGACCUCAUGCUCUCGUACGGUAUCGAGUACGACCAUUCCAUGUCGCACCACGAUGCUCUUCCCUACUGGCUCCGAACGGGCGACUCAUGGACCAAGAUCGACUACAGCAAGAAGGCAGAGGAGUGGAUGAAGCCUCUCAUCAAGGGCGAGGAGACCGGUCUGGUCGAAAUUCCGGGCUCGUGGUACAUCGACGACUUACCGCCUAUGAUGUUCAUCAAGAAUAGCGCCAAUUCCCACGGUUGGGUCAACCCGAGAGAUAUAGAAGACAUCUGGAAAGACCACUUCGACUACUUCUACCGAGAGUACGAUGAGUUCAUCUUCCCGAUGACCAUUCACCCGGACGUCAGUGGUCGUCCGCAUGUCCUGCUCAUGCAUGAAAGAAUCAUCGAGCACAUCAACAAGCACGCAGGUGUCGAAUGGGUGACUAUGGGGGAAAUGUGUGAUGACUUCAAAUCAAAGAACACGCCUCCUCCAGGCGCCAAGAUGCCAGCGCCGAUGGGAUCAGUACUCAAGAAGCCAAAUUGA